AUGGCAGUAUGCCUAACUCAUCACCUUCAAGUCUUCACCAUUUUCAGUUUACCUUCAACUGCUCCACUUCGAAUUCUGGCGGGAACAGUUUCAUUGAGCCCGAUGUAUGUCCUUUUCCUCUACAGUGUACAGAAUUUCCCAGAAGAAUUUGGGCGCACGUAUCAUGCCUACCGGGCCGGCUCAUACGCUUUCCCCAACGACCAACUAGAGCGUGAGCGCCUUGAUUUACAGAAUGAAGCAUUAGUAAAACUCUUCGGUGAGCGUCUUUACUUUGCACCACUGUCAAGGAGAGCACCGCCUGUAAAUAUCCUCGAUAUAGCUACUGGUACUGGUGACUGGGCAAUCAAAAUGGGCGACUUGUUUCCAGAAACAGAAGUCGUCGCAACCGACCUUUCACCAAUACAGCCUCGAAAAGUACCCCCAAACGUAAACUUCUACGUCGAAGAUUCCUCUGAGCCUUGGGAUUACUCUCAGCCUUUCGAUUAUAUUCAUACCCGUGUUACAUCUGGUUGCUGGGCUAGCUUCAAGGAGCAGAUUGCGGACCAAGCCUUUCAAACACUGAAGCCAGGAGGGUGGUUCGAGUCGCAGGAAUACGAUGCCAUUAUAAUGUCUGACGAUGAAAGCCUUCCACCGAACGGACCUCUUGCAACAUGGUUCCGCGAAAUCAACGAAGCUUCAGAAUUGAUGGGCCGGCCAACCAAUGUUGCUGCCCAUGUCCGUGAGGCAUAUGUGCAGGCGGGUUUUGUUGACGUUCAAGAGCGAAUCUUCAAAAUGCCCAUGAAUGGCUGGCCAAAGGAUGAACGCCUAAAGGAACUUGGGCGCAUGUGGGAAAGGAAUUUCUUGAUGGGCCUCAGCGGCUUCUCUUUCACACUUUUCAACCGCGUCUACGAGAGAACUCCUGCGCAGAUUGAGGUGGCACUGGUUGAUGUCCGACGAGAGCUGAUCGAUACGCGGAUUCACGCUUAUAUACCAAUACACGUCAUCAUUGGCAGGAAGCCAUUCCCAGGUGAACGGCCUGUCCCACGAGUGCCAUUUACAUGA